UUUUUAAAAUUUUUUUCAGUUCUCAUGACCAUCCUUUUGUUAAUUUACAAUUUUAAUGUCGACUUGCUCAAAGUCAAAACUUUUUCACGUUCAAUGUUAUUUUAUUUAUGCGUACAUUUAUUUUGUGCAAUAUUGGGUAUUCCUCAUUUAAUCUACAAAGUUUUUUGGUGGAGACCUUUGGAGAAUGAAGGUAUAUCAAUUUAA